AUGGAGUCGGUACUACUAGAGCACUUUCGGGCCGGGCCGGACUUCUUCUCUUCAGAAUCUUACUUAGAUGGCGAGGAAUUUUUCACCGACCAGUCUUCCUGUAACCCUCUGGAAGGCGACGAACUCCUGGAGGCAGAGGUGGGCUUCCUGGGCUCGCCGUUCCACGACUGUUACCACAGCGACGGAACUGGCGGUGGCGCGGAAUUCGAAGGCGUGCCCGACGGCGCUCUGUGCUGUAAAGCUGCUCCGCGUACCUUCUCGGUGUCCUUCUCGCCGUCGUCGGCCAGUUUCAUCUACGACUGUUGCGGACUGGCGGCCUCACCCAGGGGCAGCCUCAAGGCUUUCAGCGCGGCAGCGCGGCAGCGGCGGCGGGUGCGGUCCGAGGCCAAGCUGCAGCAACUGAGGCAGGCGGCCAACGUGCGCGAGCGGCGGCGGAUGCAGUCCAUCAACAACGCCUUCGAGGGGCUGCGCUCUCAUAUCCCCACUCUGCCCUACGAGAAGCGCCUCUCCAAGGUGGACACGCUGCGCCUGGCCAUUGGCUACAUCAACUUCCUCAGCGAGCUGGUCCAGUCCGACUUACCCCUGCGCAGCGCGGGCCGCAAAAGCCCAUGCCUGCCCCAGACGGUUAUCAUCUGCCACCGGGGCACAAGAAUACCUUCUCCAAGUGACCCAGAUUAUGGACUUCCUCCAAUCACUGGGCAUUCACUCUCUUGGACUGAUGAAAAACAACUCAAGGAGCAAAACAUUGUUAGAACUGCUAAAGUCUGGACUCCAGAAACCCUAGGAAGUUAA